AUGGACGAAGGAAAGUUUUACUCGAAAGUGCUCCAGGCAGUUAUUGUAGAAAUACUGAAUCAGGUAGGAUUUGAGAGAACAAGCAAGCAAUCCCUGCAAGUAAUACUGGAUUUGGUCUUUUCACAUAUAAACAAGCAGCUAUUAAUAAUUAAAAGAAUUCUUUCAGAGGCUGGUCUCUGUGAGGCGCAUAACAGUAUUGUAGAGAUAAAAGAGCCAGAAACAGACACCGACUUAGUAAAUGCGAUUCUUUCAGCUAUAAUUGAAGAAUCAACAGGGCCAGAGGAGUCCUACAAAAGGGAAGAGCUUGUCUCUUUUCUGCAGUACCAGCUGAACAUAACCAAGCAAAUAAAAAAAGAGGCAGCGCCGCAGGAUGAAUCACUCCUCGAGAUACUUCGUGUUGGCGACCAGCUGAAAAGGGUGCACACAGAAGAAAGAGCACUAAUUAACUUUACAGGCGAGGAGGAAGGAGAGAAGAAGGCACCAGAAGAGAAGAAAUACUUAGACCAGGACGUACAGGACCAUUUAAAAGAAAGAGCAAGUAUCCCAUUCUCUCCCGUGCAGGAGAAAGACCCGUCUCAAAUUGCAGCACUUGUAACAGAUGUGACUUUAGAAGAGCCAAUAACAGAAAUAAACCCAGAGAAGAGUGAAUAUUUAAUACGCAGUAAUAUGAGAGACUAUGAGCACAUGCUUAAUAAAAAGAGACUUAGCACAUACCACUGCACACCGUGUGAGUCUCAGAUGGAAAUACCCUUUUUAGAAGAUAUUAUUCUUCUGAGUACGCUUAGAAAACUUACAAAAAAAAGGAAAGACGCAAAAGAGAGACAGAGUCCAAGGACAGAAGACAUCUCAGCAUAAAGUACGUAUGAAAUACACAGCAGUUUAUUAGUAAAAAUCGGU